GUGCCACGAAAACAAGUGCGGAUACUCUGAGAAAUAAUUCAACGAAUCUUUGCCUGAACUUCGACGGGUGUCCCGUUUGCCUGUACGAAAACUGAAAACAGAAGUGGCAGUGUCACGUUAGACUCGUCCGACAAUGAUUCAGCGAGUCAUCAUGCGUUUCUGCUUGCUACUCCACUAACCGAUGCUAGCUUGCGAGCUAUCGCAUGCUACCGCUGUGUUUCCGAGGACCCGGGUUAGGAUUCGGAACCAUGGCAAAGUGUCGUUAGCUUGUUCCAGGUAGUGCGAACGGAACAUGCUGUUAAGUGGGUUUUGCCAAAUCAUUUUCUAAACGGCAACAGAGAUAUUGACAAUGAAGGUCGACAGGAGCAAGUUAAAGAAAACUCCUACGGAAGCUCCUGCCGACUGCAGGAUACUUAUAGAGAAGCUCAAAUCAUGUAGUGAUGACCAACUACUAGUUGAACUGCAGCACAUCAAGACCUGGAAUAUUGGCAAGUGUGAACUGUACCAUUGGGUGGAUCUACUGGACCGCUUUGAUGGCAUUCUGUGUGAUGCAGGCCAGACAGUGGAGAACAUGUCAUGGCUGCUGGUGUGUGACCGUCCUGACAAUGGACAGCUCAAAGCCCUGCUUUUGGCGGUGCUAAAUUUCACAGCCCUCCUAAUUGAAUAUAGCUUUUCUAGGCACCUCUACAGCUCCAUAGAGCACCUGACCACCUUGUUGGCAUCAUGUGACAUGCAGGUGGUCCUGUCUGUGCUAAACCUGCUCUAUGUGUUCAGCAAACGCUCAAACUACAUCACAAGACUGGGAUCGGACAAAAGGACGCCUCUACUGGCCCGUCUGCAACACCUGGCUGAGAGUUGGGGUGGAAAGGAAAAUGGCUUUGGUCUGGCUGAGUGCUGCAGGGAUCUGUCUAUGACCAAGUAUCCUCCAAGUGCCACCACACUGCACUUUGAGUUUUACGCUGAACCAGGCCCUGAGGUCAAAGUAGAGAGGAAGACAAGUAGUAACACACUACACUAUAUUCACAUUGAACAGCUUGACAAGAUUUCAGAGAGCCCGUCUGAGAUCAUGGAGUCGCUGACAGUGAUGUACAACAUCCCUAAAGACAAACAGACCCUGCUUUUCACACACAUUCGCCUGGCCCAUGGUUUCUCAAAUCACAAGAAGAGGUUGCAGGCUGUGCAGGCUCGACUGCAUGCUAUCUCUAUACUGGUUUAUUCAAAUGCACUCCAAGAGUCAGCCAACAGUAUUCUCUAUAAUGGCUUGAUAGAGGAGCUGGUGGACGUAUUGCAGAUUACAGACAAGCAGCUUGUGGAUAUCAAGGCAGCAUCUUUGCGCACUUUAACUUCAAUUGUCCAUCUGGAGAGGACACCGAAACUUUCCAACAUCAUCGACUGCACUGGCACUGCCUCCUAUCAUGGCUUCUUGCCUGUACUGGUGCGCAACUGUAUACAAGCAAUGAUAGAUCCUCUGAUGGAACCAUACCCACACCAGUUUGCCACUGCACUCUUCUCAUUCCUCUACCAUCUGGCCAGCUAUGAUGCUGGAGGAGAAGCUCUUGUCUCUUGUGGCAUGAUGGAAGCCCUCUUAAAGGUGAUUAAGUUCCUGGGCGAUGAACAGGACCAGAUCACUUUUGUGACGCGAGCAGUACGGGUUGUGGACCUCAUCACCAAUCUUGAUAUGGCUGCCUUUCAGUCCCACAGCGGCCUUUCCAUUUUCAUCUGUAGGCUAGAGCAUGAGGUAGACCUGUCAAGGAAAGAGUGCCCUUUUGUCAUCAAGCCAAAGAUUCAGAGGCCUAGUGCAGCUGUGGAGUCUGAGGACAUGGACACAGACAUGGAGAUGUCUGAAGUUGCCAUGGAAAGCAGCCCCGGACCAUCAACAUCUUCUAGCUCCAGACCAGAGGCAGAUCACCGGACACAGAGCAGUGCUGCUAAUACGCAAACACCACGUGCAGGUAUGCAGUGUAUCCCCCAGAGGGCAGCUCUGUUGAAGUCGAUGCUUAAUUUCUUGAAGAAAGCCAUUCCGGAUGCUUCUUUUUCUGAUGGCAUCCGUCAUGUAAUGGAUGGGUCCUUGCCUACCUCACUGAAGCACAUCAUCAGUAAUGCAGAAUAUUAUGGCCCUUCCCUCUUCCUCUUAGCAACGGAGGUUGUGACGGUGUUUGUGUUCCAGGAGCCUUCUCUGCUCUCAUCACUGCAGGAUAAUGGGCUCACUGAUGUGAUGCUGCAUGCCCUUCUCAUAAAAGAUGUUCCUGCAACCCGUGAGGUUUUGGGUUCUCUCCCGAAUGUGUUUAGUGCUCUUUGCCUGAAUGCAAGGGGCCUGCACUCCUUUGUUCAGUGCCAGCCAUUUGAGCGCCUCUUCAAAGUGCUUCUGUCCCCUGAUUACCUGCCUGCCAUGAGGCGGCGACGAAGCUCCGACCCUCUGGGUGACACUGCAUCCAACUUGGGCAGUGCUGUGGAUGAGCUUAUGAGACAUCAACCCACUUUGAAAACUGAUGCUACCACUGCCAUUAUAAAGUUACUGGAGGAGAUUUGCAACCUAGGUCGAGCCCCUGAGUACAUCUGCCAGAAACCAUCUAUCCAGAAAGCAGAUGGCACUGUAGCGGUACAGCCAGCACGGUCCAGCCAUGCUGCAGAAGAAGCUUCAAGUGAGGAUGAAGAGGAAGAGGAGGCCCUCCAUACAUUCAGCCAGCAGCAGGGGGAGCCAGAGAGCAACAGACAGUCAGUGCCACUUGAACUGGUGGUGGGAACUGAGGAGCGAAUACCCAUUCCUCUAAUGGAUUACAUUCUGAAUGUGAUGAAGUUUGUGGAGUCCAUAUUAAGCAACAACACCACAGAUGACCACUGUCAGGAGUUUGUAAAUCAGAAGGGGCUCCUACCUUUGGUCUCUAUUUUGGGCUUACCAAACUUGCCCAUAGACUUCCCCACAUCUGCUGCCUGCCAAGCUGUGGCUGGUGUCUGCAAGUCCAUAUUGACUCUUUCACAUGAACCUAAAGUACUCCAGGAGGGCUUGUGCCAACUGGACAGUAUUCUGACCUCUCUAGAGCCACUUCAUCGACCAAUUGAGGUGCCUGGUGGGUCUGUGCUUCUCAGAGAACUUGCUAAUGCGGGUCAUGUCACUGAUGCCACAUUAUCAGCCCGUGCCACACCACUUCUUCAUGCGCUCACUGCAGCGCAUGCCUACAUCCUCAUGUUUGUCCAUACCUGUAGAGUAGGACAGAGUGAGAUUCGGGCUAUUUCAGUGAACCAAUGGGGCUCCCAGCUUGGCUUGAGUGUUCUCAACAAGCUCAGUCAGCUCUACUGCUCUUUGGUUUGGGAGAGCACUGUGCUGCUUUCCCUCUGCACACCGAACAGUCUUCCACCAGGAUGCGAGUUUGGCCAGGCCGACAUGCAGAAACUGGUGCCCAAAGAGGAGAAGCCAUCUGGCAGCACUGCAGCGUCCACUGCCUCUGGCUCCAGAAGAAAUGCAGAGUCUGAGGCGACGUCUGUGGAUUCAUCUGCUGGUGGGCUGUUGGAAGGCAUGGGUUUAGACGGGGACACCUUGGCUCCCAUGGAGACAGACGAACCCACCGCAACAGACCCUAAAGCCAAGUCCAAACUUACCCCAGCUAUGGCAACCCGCAUCAAACAAAUUAAACCGCUGCUGUCUGCGUCAUCUCGACUGGGCAGAGCUCUGGCUGAGCUCUUUGGCUUGUUGGUGAAGCUGUGUGUGGGCUCUCCAGUCCGCCAACGUCGCUCCCACCAUGCCACAAGCACAGGCACUACCCCCACACCUGCUGCCCGGGCCACUGCCUCUGCCCUUACCAAACUCCUCACUAAGGGUCUGAGUUGGCAACCCCCUCCUUACACACCCACCCCUCGAUUUAGGCUGACUUUCUUCAUCUGCUCAGUGGGCUUCACAUCUCCCAUGUUGUUUGAUGAGAGAAAGUACCCCUAUCACCUCAUGCUGCAAAAGUUUUUUUGCUCUGGAGGACAUGAUGCCUUAUUUGAGACAUUUAAUUGGGCCCUGUCAAUGGGUGGGAAAGUGCCUGUUUCUGAGGGUCUGGAGCAUACUGAUCUACCAGAUGGAACAGGGGAGUUCCUGGAUGCAUGGUUAAUGCUGGUGGAAAAGAUGGUGAACCCAAGCACUGUACUGGACUCUCCCCACUCUCUACCAGCUAAAAUGCCUGGAGUCACACCCUCCAUGCCUCAGUUCAGUGCCCUUAGGUUCCUCAUUGUCACUCAGAAGGCUGCAUUCAGCUGCAUUCGCAGCCUGUGGAACAGGAAGCCUCUGAAGGUGUAUGGAGGCAGAAUGGCAGAAUCUAUGCUGGCCAUACUCUGCCACAUCCUAAGAGGGGAGCCAGUUAUCCAGGAGCGCCUCGCCAAAGAGAGGGAAGGGACGGUACGUGCAGAUGAGGAAGGAGGGGCAACCACUGCUGCUCUGGCGCCUACUGCUGUCCCUGGAGCAUCUACAACAGGAGGAGAGGCACCACCAGCAACUGGAACAAGUUCUGGAGGGUCAGCAGGAGGAUCAGCAGAAGAUUCAACCAAUUCUACCCCCCGCCGUGAGCCCCAGGUCAACCAGGCUCAACUUACACAGCUGAUGGAUAUGGGUUUCUCAAGAGAACAUGCCAUGGAGGCCCUACUGAACACCAGCACCAUGGAGCAGGCCACAGAAUACCUACUUACACACCCUCCUCCUCUUCUUGGUGGAGCUGUACGAGACCUGACUAUGUCUGAAGAAGACCAGAUGAUGAGAGCCAUUGCCAUGUCACUUGGGCAAGAAGUGAGCAUGGAGCAGCGCUCUGAUUCCCCUGAGGAAGCGGCACGUCGGCGUGAGGAGGAAGACAGAAGAGCUAGGGAGCGGGCUGAAGAGGAAGAAGCGCGCUGCUUAGAGCGAUUUAUGGAGGCUGAACCUCUGGACCCCCAGGAGCUACAUACCUUCACUGACUCCAUGCUACCUGGAUGCUUCCAUCUUCUGGAUGAACUGCCUGAUACAGUCUACAGACUUUGUGAUCUGCUGAUGACUGCCAUCAAGAGGAGUGGCCCAGAGUACAGGGAUCUUAUCCUAGGCCAGGUUGUUCACCAGGUGUGGGAGGCAGCAGACGUGCUGAUCAAGGCAGCUGAACCCCUGACAACCAGUGACACAAAGACAGUGUCUGAGUGGACUAGACAGAUGGCCACAUUGCCCCAGGCCUCUAAGCUGGCAACACGAAUUCUGCUGCUCACAUUGCUCUUUGAGGAGCUGAAACUGUUGGGUGCAAGAGUGGUAGAGAACAGUGGUAUUCUUGAUUUGCUAAUCAAGCUGCUUGAGGUUGUCCAGCCCUGUCUACAGGCUGCUAAAGAACAGAAAGACAUCCAGACACCAAAGUGGAUCACUCCAGUACUGUUGAUUAUUGACUUCUAUGAGAAAAUGGCAGUCUCUUCAAAGCGCAGAGAACAAAUGAACAAGUAUCUCCAGCCCAAUGGGAAUAAUUGGCGGUGGUUUGAUGAUCGCUCUGGCCGAUGGUGCAGUUACAGCGCAUCAAACAACAGCACCAUUGAUUCAGCAUGGAGGGCCGGAGAGAGCAGUGUCCGAUUCACAGCUGGACGCCGGAGAUACACUGUGCAGUUUAACACCAUGGUGCAGGUCAACGAAGAGACCGGUAACAGAAGGCCAGUGAUGUUGAAUGUCCAAAGAGUGCCACGAUUGCCCAAGCCUGCAAAGACUGGGAGUACAACUGACUCUGAGAGAGAAGAGGUUGACAGAAGCAAAGCAGAUGAAUCUCAGACUGACCAAGACUUUGGGACAACAGUGGCGACGAGUACCCCUAAGCUUGAUUCAAACCAGCUGAAGGAGACCACUUCGGGCCCCUCAUCUACCCUGGAGUCUGAUUAUUCCCAGCGCUCUGAUAUUGUCGUUAAAGGCCUGUCUGAAGACAUGACCACCAUCCUUAUUCGGGCCUGUGUCAGUAUGAUAAGUGUUCCUGUGGACCCAGACACCCUCCACGCCACACUGCGUCUCUGUUUGCGUCUGACACGCAAUCAUCAAUAUGCCAUGAUGUUUGCAGAGUUGAAGAGCACACGGAUGCUUCUGGGGCUGACGCAGAGCUCUGGCUUCAACGGCUUUACUCCACUCGUUACUCUGCUUUUCAGACACAUCAUUGAAGAUCCAACCACACUGCGACACACCAUGGAAAAGGUGGUUAGAUCGGCUGUGACCAGUGGAGCGGGCAGUACCACCUCAGGAGUGGUGUCGGGCAGUCUUGGUUCCAGAGAAAUCAAUUACAUUCUUCGUGUCCUGGGCCCUGCAGCCUGCCGCAACCCUGAGUGCUUUGCUGAAACUGCAAGCAAUUGUGUCCGCAUUGCUCUGCCUGCGCCACGUGGAGCUGGCACUGCGUCGGAUGAUGAGUUUGAGAACCUUCGUAUUAAAGGGCCAAAUGCUGUGCAGCUAGUGAAGACCACUCCUUUGAAACUCUCCCCGUUACCUUCUAUUCCUGACACCAUCAAGGAGGUCAUCUAUGACAUGCUCAAUGCUUUGGCUGCCUACCAUGCUCCUGAAGAACCUGAGCGUCCAGAAGAACGUACAGCAGUGGUGCCUGGUGGUCAAGACCUGUGCCAGAUAUUGCAAGAUGUUGGUGAUGACGUUUACCAGCAGUACCGACUCACACGACAAGGCAGCGACUUUGACUCCCAGUCUGCAUUCCAUAUCAAUAAUGGUGUUUCUCUCUGUCAGACUCAAGUGUUUGCUGCUGAUGGUGGUGUGACAGAGUCUUCUCAGACGGGUACACCACAAGGAGAAGCCUCAACACCAGAAGAGAUGCGGGAGGAGAAAAAAGAACAGGAGGGAGAGAAGAGUACCAGCUCAGAUGAGGGUAAAGCAGCUAAGGUAAAGGCGAGCAAGCCCUUGAUGCCAACCUCCACCAUUCUGAGACUGCUGGCUGAAUUGGUGCGCUCUUAUGUGGGCAUUGCCACAUUAAUUGCCUCAUACUGCUACACUGCUGGACAGUCCGAGCUUAUUAAGGAGGAUUGCAGUGUUUUAGCCUUUGUGCUCGACCACUUGUUGCCCCACACCCAGAAUUCAGAGGACAAGGACACUCCAGCCCUUGCACGUCUCUUCCUAGCCAGCCUGGCCGCUGCUGGCACAGGCACUGAUGCCCAGGUGGCCCUUGUUAAUGAGGUGAAGGCUGCCCUUAGUAGAGCUCUAGCAAUGGCAGAAGGUGCUGAAAAACAUGCCAGGCUCCAGGCAGUGAUGUGCAUCAUUAGCACCAUCAUGGAAUCAUGCCCCUCCACGUCUAGUUUCUACAGCACAGCAGCAGCCAAGACACAACACAAUGGCAUGAACAAUAUCAUAAGGCUCUUUCUUAAGAAGGGACUGGUUAACGACUUGGCCCGUGUGCCCCACAGCUUGGAUUUGUCCAGUCCCAACAUGGCCAACACAGUCAAUGCUGCACUGAAGCCUCUGGAGACUCUGUCCCGCAUUGUUAACCAGCCCAGCAGUCUGUUUGGAGGCAAAGGAGGCUCCAGCAAGAACAAGGUUGAACAUGAUACUGUGGGUGCUUCCAGGGACAGUAACAGCAACACUCAGGACCCAGGAGAGGCUGGUGAGGCAGAGCCAGUGGAGGGUAACCACAGGGUGCAGGGAACGGACACAGACCUAAUGGAUGGAGAGACCGAGGGAGACACUGUAGUCAUUGCUGGUCAGCCAGAGGUUCUCAGCACACAGGCUAUGCAGGUAGAGAAUGAGUUGGUUGAUCUGAUUGAUGAGCUCCUGGAGAGAGAUGCUGGCACUGUCAACAGCACAAUUAUAGUGGGACGCAGUGGCGAAGAUGAUACGCAAGAGGAUGUGUUGAUGGAUGAGGCCCCCUCGAAUAUUAGUCAGGCGUCCACUCUUCAGGCCAACCGUGAAGACUCCAUGAAUAUCCUGGAACCAGAGGAUGAGGAACACACGCAGGAGGAAGAUUCUAGUGGCAGCAAUGAUGACGAAGACAGCCAGGAUGAAGAAGAGGAGGAGGAGGAAGAGGAGGAGGAGGAUCAAGAUGAUGAGGAAGGAGAUGAGGAUGAUGAUGAUGAGGGCUCAGAGAUGGAGUUGGACGAAGACUUCCCAGACAUCAAUGCUGCACCUCACAUCCGAUUUGAAAGAUUUGACAGGGAUGAUGACCUCAUCAUAGAGUUUGACAACAUGUUCUCCAACAACGCUGACAUCCCUCCCUCCCCAGGCAACAUUCCCAGCUCCCACCCACUGAUGGUGCGCCAUGCUGACCACGGUUCCCUCACCCUAGGGGUGGCAGGCACUAGCAGCCGGCUAGCCCAGGGUAUGGGUCGCAGUCAGCGGACACUGCGCCAGCUCACUGCCAACAGUGGACACACCAUUCAUGUCCACUACCCUGGCAAUCGCCAGCCCAACCCACCACUCAUCUUGCAAAGGUUGUUGGGUCCCAGUGCUGCAGCAGACAUUUUACAGCUGUCCAGCUCUCUGCCCCUGCAGUCUCGAGGUCGUGCCCGUCUUUUGGUUGGAAAUGAAGAUGUCCACAUUAUUGCUCGUUCUGAUGAUGAGUUGUUGGAUGACUUUUUCCAUGAGCAGAGCAGUACUGGGGGACAAGCAGGGACCCUCUCUAGUAUUCCCACUGCCUUGACAAGAUGGACAGAUGAGUGCAAAGUGCUGGAUGCUGAGAGUAUGCAUGACUGUGUAGCAGUUGUGAAGGUACCUAUCCUGCAGCAUCUGGAGAGUCUGCGAGAUGAGGAACUGGAAGAGCGCAGAGAGAAAAGGAGGAGACAGCUGGCGGAGGAGGAGGAGUCAAAGCAAAAUGAGAGAAGGGCCUCUGGAGCAGAACAGGCCAGGGAACAGAGCUUGCAGGGUUCUGGAUUGGGUGCAAUUAAUGGAGCGGACAACACUGCAGAUUUCUUUCUGGAUCUUGCAGAGGGUGAGCAGGCUCAGGGUGGUACAGUGUCAUGUCUGGACCCACCCAGGGUCUCGGAAGGUUUCCUCACUGCUCCCCCAUCUGGAGAGGUCACUCCCACCACACCUGCUCCUCAUGAACAGGCUCUAGUCUCCCUGGAGACUGCAAUAAGUCAGCAGGUCCACCAGCCAAUUGCUGACCUGCUACUGGGCGAGCCACAUGCCAGCCCACUAGCUGCUCUGGCUGGGGCAGGGCUUCCACCGUUGUCAGCAGCUGACAGGCCUAACAGUGAGGCGGAGGCAUCCCAGAUGGAAAUGUCGCCAGCACCCACAAUUGGUGAGAGAGUCGGAGCAGGAGGAGGUGGUGGAGGUGGUGGAGGAGGAGCAUUGGAUGAAGGCAGGGAAGCAUCCCUAAGUCCAGAUAUUGUUGAGAGCUCAGAGCCUGCAGUAGUGGGUGUGUCUCAACUGGAAGGAUCACCCAUGGAUACCAGCAGCCCCGCCUCUGCCACUCAGGAAGAAGCUGCUCCCAUCCCUAUCCAAACCACCCAGCUGUCUCAGGAACUUUCUGGUAGUGGGGAAAGUGGGCUGACUGACAGGCAGACUGAUGCAGAAACUGGCUCCACCUCUGUGUCAUCCCCUGGAGAAACAAUGCCCAGGAGCGAUAGUGCCGACAGCCAGUCUCAGGCUAUACAGGAAGAGCCUCUCCCAUCAACCAGCAAUGAUGAGGAGGACCCACUUGCAGGCAUCAGUCUGCCAGAGGGUGUGGAUCCCUCUUUCCUGGCCGCUCUUCCUGAGGAUAUACGUCGAGAGGUUCUGCAAAACCAGCUUGGGAUCAGACCACCCUCCCGCGUUCCUGCUGCUACCAGCCUGCCUACUUCUACUGCACCUGUUCUGAGUGGACCUGGGGUUACAGAAGUCAGCCCUGAAUUCCUGGCGGCCCUGCCACCUGCCAUUCAGGAAGAGGUUCUUGCCCAGCAGCGUGCAGAGCAGCAGCGCAGAGAGCUAGCCCAGCAGCCUACACAGGGAGACACCCCUUUGGAUCCAGUCACUUUCAUCCAGACGCUACCGUCAGAGCUCCGGCGUAGUGUCCUGGAGGACAUGGAGGACAGUGUGUUGGCUGUCAUGCCUCCGGACAUUGCUGCUGAAGCAGCUGCGUUGCGUAGGGAGCAAGAGGCACGCCAGAGGCAACUAAUGCAUGAGAGGCUGUUUGGUCAUAGCUCAUCUUCAGCCCUAUCAGCCAUCUUACGCUCACCUGCCUUCACCAGUCGGCUUGGGAGCAAUCGUGGUGUCCAGUACACCCGAUUGGCUGUGCAGAGAGGAGGCACAUUUCAAAUGGGGGGAGGAACAAACCACAGACCUUCCAGCUCUAGUGUGGACUCUUUGCUGCGUCUGCGAGGUCGAUUGUUACUGGACCACGAGGCCUUGUCCUGCCUGCUCGUUUUACUUUUCGUAGAUGAGCCCAAGCUUAACACCAGCCGCCUGCACCGUGUGCUCAGGAAUCUAUGCUACCACUCUCAGACACGAGGAUGGGUCAUACGCAGCCUGUUGUCCAUCCUCCAACGCAGCAGUGAAAGUGAGGUUUGUGUGGAGACGUCACGUCUAGAAGACUCUCGUGGCAAGAGAAGCACCCAGGGCGGCUGUGGAGGAAAAGGCUCUGCUACCUCCUCCCUCUCAUCUUCGUCAUCCUCUUCAUCCUCAUCCUCCUUGGAGCUACUGAACAGAGUGGAAUCUCGUAGUUCUAGCCAGCUUUCCUGGCUCUCUGUGUCUAUGGACGCAGCUUUGGGCUGCCGGACAAACAUUUUCCAAAUUCAACGAGCAUCAGGUAGGAAACAUGCUGACCGUCACUCAGCUGGGGGUUCCACAGGAUCUGGAACAUUGGGCGGAGUGGCAGGUGCUGCUGCAAGUGUCACAUGUGGAGGAGGCUCAACUGUUCACAUCCACCCACAGGCUGCUCCAGUAGUCUGUCGACACGUGUUGGACACACUUAUCCAACUGGCCAAGGUGUUUCCUAGCCACUUCACCCAGCAGCGGUGUAAAGAUCUGACAGGAUCAUCCUCUGACCUUGAUUCUCGUCUUUGUUCUGUCGCUGGUGGAGGAAGUGGUGGUGGUAGCUCCAGGACAGGGUCACAGUCUCUAAGCAACCCCAGCUCCAAUACCUCCACCACACAGAUCUCCUUUGGCUCCUCUAUCCUUACACCCCAGUCUCUGGGUAUUUCCACUGAUUUUUGGGACCUGCUAGUCAAGCUGGACAACAUGAAUGUCAGUCGCAAGGGCAAAGCCUCUAUGAAGACAGUACCUCUUGGGGGCAGUGCAGAUGCAGAGGGGGCCCAGUUCAGCCUGGAAACAUCCCCUCUUGGCCAAUUGAUGAACAUGCUAUCCCACCCAGUGAUCAGACGGAGCUCGUUGCUUACUGAAAAGCUGCUGCGUCUGCUCUCUCUCAUAUCCAUCGCUCUGCCUGACAACAAGGCCACGGAGGUGCCUGCUGGACACCCCACCCCACAAGCUGCCAACCCCAGUGUGGCAACCAGUUCAGGAGCCACAAUCCCAGUCACAACACCAGUUGUAGCAUCUGUAGGCUCUACCCAGCCCAUUGUGCCAGGCCCAGGGUCUUCUGUGGGAGCUGCAGCACAGGGUACUUCCUCAGGGAGUCUAAUAGCCUCCCAGACAUCCUCUACAACAAUCUCUAUACCCACGUCCACUGGAACCAUCUCUACAGGGAAACAAAGAGGCACUUUGAUCAGUCCAGAAAGUGACAACAAGAUGGCCUCAAGUGGACUCACAGAGAAACAACUUCAACUCUCUGUGGAGGUGUUGACAUCUCACUCAUGUUCAGAGGAGGGUCUGGAGGAUGCAGCUAACAUUCUGCUGCAGCUGUCCAGAGGAGAUGGUUCCACCAGAGACACUGUGCUCAGACUUCUGCUCAGUGGGGCUAGACACCUCGGAUACACUCUUUGCAAACAGAUCGGCACAUUACUUGCUGAACUUAGAGAAUAUAACUUGGAGCAGCAGAGGCGGGCACACGCUGAUUCACACUCCCCAGAUGCUCCUGAGGAUUCCUCCAUCUCAGCCAGGCUCAAGGGCAAGAUGACUAGCAGGCGGGGGCACAGGUUUGACGGCUCGGAGAGUGUAGUGAUUGUGGCUGCACAGAAACGCACACUUGGGGGACGUGAACUACAGCUUCCCUGCAUGAGCUCACUGACUUCCAAGACAUCGACGCAGAAGUUUUUCUUGCGAGUGCUGCAGGUCAUUAUCCAACUCCGUGAGGACACACGACGUGCCAACAAGAAAGCCAAACAGACAGGACGAUUAGGCUCUACCAGUUUGGGCUCAGCUAGCAGCAUUCAGGCUGCAGUGCGUCAGCUAGAGGCUGAAGCUGAUGCCAUCAUCCAGAUGGUGAGAGAGGGUCAGAGGGCACGCCGGCUCCAACAGGCACCCCUACCCACCGCCUCCUCUGCCGCCGCCGCCGCUGCUGUCGUUGCUGCAGGAUCCUCAGUGGCUGCCCCCCAUGCUCCCACUGGUGCUGCUCCUCCUGCUGGCACGGCUGCUGCUGCCACGUCCGAAGUGCAGUCAAUGACAGAAGCUCAGGCAGCCCAAAGAGAUGACUCUCCAAUGGAUGUAGACCAGCCAUCUCCUCUGGAGCAGGACCCCGCACCUCUUGAUGAAGAAGGAAAUGGCCAGUCAGAGAGCGAGGAGAGACUUCCUGACCUGCCUCUACUCAGUGAACAGCUCUUGUUGGAUGAACUGUGGGACAUGCUUGGAGAGUGUCUGAAAGAGCUGGAGGAGUCCCAUGACCAGCAUGCAGUACUAGUUCUCCAGCCUGCUGUGGAGGCCUUCUUCUUAGUCCAUGCCACAGAGCGAGAGAGCAAACCUCCUGUGAGGGACACCAGGGAGAGCCAGCUCUCUCACAUCAAAGAUGAGCCUCCACCACUGUCCCCAGCCCCGCUUACACCGGCAACACCUUCAUCCCUAGACCCGUUCUUUUCAAGGGAACCAUCCUCCAUGCACAUCUCUUCCAAUCUGCCACCAGACACCCAGAAAUUCCUCCGGUUUGCUGAAACUCACCGCACAGUGCUUAACCAGAUCCUGCGCCAGUCCACCACCCACUUGGCUGAUGGGCCUUUUGCAGUACUGGUUGAUUACAUACGGAUCCUUGACUUUGACGUUAAGAGAAAGUAUUUCCGCCAGGAGUUGGAGCGGCUGGAUGAAGGCCUGAGGAAGGAGGACAUGGCUGUGCAUGUGAGGAGAGAUCAUGUGUUUGAAGAUUCCUACAGGGAGCUGCAUCGCAAGAGCCCAGAGGACAUGAAGAAUAGACUGUACAUUGUCUUUGAAGGAGAAGAGGGGCAGGAUGCCGGUGGCCUGCUGAGGGAAUGGUACAUGAUCAUCUCCCGGGAGAUGUUUAACCCUAUGUACGCCCUAUUCCGUACUUCACCGGGUGACCGUGUCACAUAUACCAUCAACCCGUCAUCUCACUGCAACCCCAACCACCUCAGCUACUUUAAGUUUGUGGGUCGUGUGGUGGCGAAGGCAGUCUAUGAUAACCGGUUAUUGGAGUGCUACUUCACCCGUAGCUUCUACAAACACAUCCUGGGCAAGAGUGUCAGGUACACUGACAUGGAGAGUGAGGACUAUCCAUUCUUCCAGGGCUUGGUCUACUUGUUGGAGAAUGAUGUGUCCACACUGGGCUACGAGCUGACGUUCAGCACAGAGGUCCAAGAGUUUGGAGUGUGUGAAGUGAGAGACCUCAAGCCAAAUGGAGCCAACAUCCUGGUCACGGAGGAAAACAAAAAAGAGUAUGUGCACCUGGUGUGCCAGAUGAAGAUGACAGGUGCAAUCCGCAAGCAGCUGGCAGCCUUCCUCGAGGGAUUCUAUGAGAUCAUCCCCAAGAGGCUGAUCUCAAUCUUCACUGAGCAGGAGCUGGAGCUGCUCAUAUCUGGCCUGCCUACGAUUGACAUCGACGACCUAAAGGCCAACACCGAAUAUCACAAAUACCAGUCCAGCUCCAUUCAGAUCCAGUGGUUCUGGAGGGCCUUGCGGUCCUUUGACCAGGCGGACCGGGCCAAGUUCCUACAGUUUGUCACGGGUACAUCCAAAGUUCCUCUCCAGGGUUUUGCUGCCCUGGAGGGCAUGAACGGCAUUCAGAAGUUCCAGAUUCACCGCGAUGAUCGCUCCACUGACCGCCUGCCAUCUGCUCAUACCUGCUUUAACCAGCUGGACCUUCCAGCCUAUGAGAGCUAUGAGAAGCUGAGACAUAUGCUGCUGUUGGCCAUUCAGGAAUGCUCCGAGGGAUUCGGAUUGGCUUAAAUCAUGAGACUCUUAAAAAAAACAAAAAAAAAAACAUGCAGACAUCUAAUUUAGAUUUGCCUACUCCUGACACAUUCACACUGAUAACUUUGAACACAUGCACACACUAUCAUAGACAUUUACUGGAUAACUUGUUGAAUGGCCUAGACUUACUGGUUUCUAUUCCAUAUAAAACAGAUACAACCAGCAAGUGAAAUGGACUGAUUUAACAUUGCAUACAACACAGAGAGCCUCAUGUUGACACAAUCGUGUCUCCCUUCCCAAUUUAAUGACAAAUGCAAGAGUGGAAUUCAGAGGAUAAUACAUGGACUAAUAUAAGAGACAUUUUCUUCAUUUAGUUUGAUUUCUCUGUACAAAAGGUUUGGGAGUUUAUUAUGUUUAAUCUUUUUUGUUCUCUGGUUGUGUAAAAAGAAAAAAAAAGAGAAUGAUGUUUGAACAGGAUGGUUAUAAAACCUUUGGGGAAAAAAUGUUGGUGGUUUCUUGUUGCAAAUUUGUGACCUCACGAGCCUUGACAACAGGGGACAUUUUUAUGCGGGGUGUAUGGACAACUUAAGUUUUGGAGAUACUCACAAAAAUGCACUUUUCAAAGUUUUGUGGCAUUUUUAAGGAAGGAUGGUACAAAAAUAUGAAGAGAAAACCUGAAGGAGAUAAAGACAUUAACCAUAAAUUCUAGAGUAUUUUUGGCUAUUAAAUCACUUACCCAGCCUUGAGCCUUUGAAUCGGAGUGGAAUAACUACAUGAAUAAAUGCAUAAAAUUUG